AUAAACAGAGAUGAGUAUAUAAAAUAAGUGUUGAAGAGUUAAAUCGUUGGAUGCUGGAGAAAGAGAGAUAAAAAAACAGAUUUUACGGUUUAAUGGCAAAUGGUUGCGUCGUGUCCAUUGUAUUGAUGCUGCAUCACGACAAAUCCCGGAUCUUUAUUAAAAUAUUUUUAUUAAGCUGUAUUUUUAAAAAAUGAAAAAAUAUUUGUAAUUUAAAUAUUAAGUUUGUUGAUAACUUAAACUAAUAAUUAUUUUUUAAUGUAAAGUGAUCAAUGCAAAUUGUUUAUUAUUAACACUGAGAAUUGCAUUGUAAAGACAAUGAAACAAGAUUUAUACUGUGUGUUGACGGGAAUUUGAAUUUAGUUUGUUAUUUACUUGAUUGUUUGUAGGAAGCGCGAUAAUUUAAAUUUGAUUUAAAUUAAAUUAAAGUUACUGACGUCGACUGAGGUUUUAUUGAUUAAUUAAUUAAUUCGAGUUAAUUGUAGUUUGUUUAUUUUAUAAUUGAAAAAGUUUCAGUAACUUUAAAAUGUCCGCUGCUGAGACAUCGGUGAUUUUUGCAAAACUUGAAGCUCUCAAGGAUGUCAGAUCCAAAACACUACAGCUGGAGAAAAUGAAACAAAGAAUUAUACAAGAGGUUGAGCAAACGGAACAAGAAGAUAAAUGUUUGAUGGAGUAUAAACAGGAAAUGGAUUUACUUAUGCAAGAAAAAAUGGCUCAUGUUGAAGAAUUACGUCAAAUACAUGCUGACAUUAAUGCGAUGGAAUCUGUUAUAAAACAAGCCGAAGAAGCAAGAAACCGUGCACGUGAACACGCUAAGUUAAUUCAUAACAAUGAAUACCAGCCUCUUAAACACGACAUUGAUCGUAUGCGUCGAGAGUACUUCAAUUUAGACAGACUGCCAGAACUAUAUGAGACUGAAACAGAUUUAAUAGCUCCUGAUUAUUUUGAAAGGCCGAUGCAAAAAGCUGAAUGGCGAGUCGAAGUUCGUGGUGAAGAUUUAAUGCAGCCACUAGGUUUACAUGGUCAUCCAGGUCAUUCUGGUGGUUCGACGCCUUUCUUGGCGCCACAACCACUUCAGGGGCCAAGUAAACCUGAGCCAAGACCGUUGCCACCAGCCACAGGUCCACCCGCUCCAACAUUCAGGUACCACUGGCAACAACCGCCUCCAAUGAAAUCCUGCCUGUCUUGUCAUCAGCAAAUCCAUCGGAACGCUCCAAUCUGCCCAUUAUGCAAAGCUAAAUCACGUUCGCGUAAUCCCAAGAAACCAAAGAAGAAGGAUUAAUUAUAAUUCCAUAAUUGAAUUUUUUUUUUAUUCUAUUUAAUUAAAUUUUAUCUCGAGUUUUAUUCAUUUUAAAAUAUUCUCCGAGAUAACUACUCAAUAUAUACACUAGUUAUUUUUUAACAAUUGUGCAUUUUGAUAUAAUUAUCAAGUAUUAUUUUUAUUAACUUUCCGUACUAUAUCGCGUUACUAACUCCAGAAGGACAUAUAUUUAUACGUUCUUUCAGCUUUAGUCAUUAAAUUUAAAAUCAAAAAGGGAUACAAUUUUUUUUAAUUGCUAAUCAUAUUGUAGACUUAUUCCGAAGCUGAAAAUUGAAAAUUGAAAAAAAAAAAAUCGUAAGCCAUAGGGUAGAGGUAUUAUUUAAGGUUAUUUUUGGAUACUUGAAAAAUUUUAAUAAAUUAAUUUGUAAAUGACGUUAUAACAUAAUUAAUUUUUUAAAUCUGGUCAAUGAUACUUUAAUCAUGUCAUUGCAUUGAGUUUUUUUUUAUACUUUUUCAUUAAUCAAAAUAAAGUAUUAAAUGUCUAGAAAUGGAGCAGUGGCCACCAAUGAUACUUCUACCCUAUAAUUUAAGGUAUAUGCCCUUUUGGCUUUCAAAGUUUUUUUUUUUUUUUUUUUUUUUUUUUCGAAUUUUUAGCAAUGAAAUAAAUCUACAAAGUGAUUAGUGAAAUAAUUAUGCUCUCUUUUGGCUUUAGAGAGUUUCCUGAAUCUAAAAGAGCAUAUACUAAAAAAAAAAAAAAAAUAAGUUAUCUUGAGUCAAGAAAAUAUUUUUUAAGACAAACGUUUUUGGGAACUAAGUCAAGAUUUUCUUGAGCCAAGAGAAUGUGGUUAGAGGAGAUUUCUAGUUUAUCUGAGGAAAUUAAGGUUUUUAAAAAAAUUUUUUUGAAUCAGAAUAUUUACUUUCAGUCAAGAUUUUUCUCUGUGGACAAAUAUGUCCUUAUGGAAGUAGUAACGAUAUAUUUUAUAAUAUAGAUCUCACGAUCGGUUGUGAGUGUAACCGAUAAAAUUUUUUUACUUUAAAAAUAAUAAAUAAAUAAAUUAAUUAAUUAAUUGAAAAAAAUUUUAAUUAGACUUAUUAUGUCUUCUAGUUAUUCGAAGACUGAUAUAUUAAUGUAUGUACAUAUAUCUGAUUAUAUAUAGAUAUACAUUUAUAUACAUAAUUAAGGUGACUAUGCCAUAAAAAAUCGCUAGUAUCAAAUUAACACGUAGCUUUUUUAUAAUUUUUUCAACACACAAACAUCUAGAUAAUAAAAGUAAUUUUUUUUUUAUUAUUAUAAUUAAUAUUAAUAUUUAAUAAAAGCAAUU